UUCUUGGGUGUAUAGGGCUGAAGUGUGGAUGCUGUGCUAUUGAUGGUACAGGCUUGAACUGGGAAAAUGGUGUUGUCAAGGAACAGCCUGCAUUGCCUUUUCUUGGCAUUGUUUCUGUGGGAAAGUGCUAAUGGACUUGGAGUCUGGCAGAAAAGACCUGCUAACUACUGGCAAAGUAGGGAUGGUUCUAAAGACCCUGGAGGCCAAGCUCUUUCUCCUGCCCAGCAAGACUUCAGCAGCUCUGCCAGUGGAGUACAGACUGCAGUGUAUGAUGUGGGUUCUGCUCAGCCUCUGAGUACUUCUGGUAGUGGAGGGUCUGCAACAACCUUUCUUGGAUUCCUCAGGCAGUACACAAUUUCCAGUGACCAGAAUGUCCCAAACCAGUACAGCCCCUUACCCCAGUCUCAGGGUGGCUACACAGCUCAACCUUCAGUUUCCUUAGGAAACCAACCUGCCCCUGGGUUUCAGAGUCAGCAACUGAGUGCUCCAGUGUUUCCAUCCCAAGGUUCAGCUAGCCAGUCUCUUGGCUCACAACAGAGCAGCUUGCAGUUAGCAUCUCCAGGUCCAGUAGUUUCUUCGCCACCUCUGCAAUUUGUAGUCCCUGGAACCCAGACACUGUCCCCAAGCCCAGGAACCUCAUCCCUGAGUUCAAUGAGUGCCUUUGCUACAACUUCUCAGCAAGGUAGCUAUGAUUCCCAGUCAGCAGCAAGUAGUCUUUAUGGUCAGCCCCCUAGCUGGUAUUCCCCAUCACAGGGUCAGAGCUCCCAAACCUCUUUCCAAUCUCAGACUUCCAUGUAUAAGCCUGUAACUCUAUCCCAGGCUUCAGCUAGCCAGUCUCCUUCCUUCCAGCAGGCCAGCUCUCAGUUGGCUUCUCCAAGCCUGAGCCUUACAACUAGCUAUGCCCCUGGAGCCCAGCCCUUAAGCCCAGGAACCUCUUCCCUGAGUUCAACAAGUACCUUUGCCACAACUCCUCAGCAAGCUACCUAUGGUUCCCAGUCAGCAACAGGUAUGCUCCAUGGACUGGCCUCUAGUGUAAAUCCCUCCCAGUUUGCCAAAGCCCUAAACCAGCCUGCAGUAGUUGUAAUAGAUGCAUACACUGCAGGACCAGUUCAGUGGUACAGAAUAGAUCCUUUUAGACAAACUAUCCAAACCAGCAUGCCUCUGUCCCCUUCCCAGGCUUUAGGGAGUCAGGGUAGCCAGGCAGCAUCCAGCAGCUCACUUUCUACAUCCCAAAUUCAAAGCACCACAGGCCCUAUUGGGUUUGGCUUCCAAAGCCAGAGUGCUCCAGCUUCAACUGUAGCCUUGACCCAGGGUGCUGCCCAGCUUCCAUCCUUCCAAGCUCCCAGUGGGUUCUCCAGUACACCCUUUAGUGCUGCCAGCCCCUCAGCAUCUGUGUCCCAGCCAACCCAGGGCAUCCAAAGCUCAGCAACAUUGAGCUCUUCAAGUGUAUCUACAUCUCAAACCCAAAGCACCUCAGGCUCUUCUGGGUUUGGCUUCCAAAGCCAGAGCACUCCAGUUUCAACUGGAUUUCAGAGCCAACUAGUGAGUAGUCCAGUCUCCCCAGUCCAGGGUUCUGCUAGCCAGUCUCUUGCCUCACAACAGAGCAGCUUGCAGUUAGGAUCUUCAAGCCAGGCAACUUCUUCUCUGCCUCUUAGCUUUACAGCUGGCUAUGUCCCUGGAUCCCAGGCUCAGCCAUCAAGCUCUGCAACAUCAUCCCUCAGUUCAGCAAGUGCCACAAGCUCUCAGCAAGCUAGCUAUGGUUCUCAGUCUGUUACAGGUGCACAAUAUGGUCAGGGUAAAAUGUCCCCAUACAAGCCUUUGUCUGCAUCUCAGGGUUCAGCUCCCAUGUCAAUUGCCUCCCAGCAGGGCAGCUUGCAGUUAGCAUCUCCAAGCCUUAGCCUUACAACUAGCUAUGCCCCUGAAACCCAGUCCCAGCCCUUAAGCCCAGCGACCUCAUCCCUGAGUUCAGCAAGUCCCACAACCUCUCAGCAAACUAGCUAUGGUUCUCAGACAGCAGCAGGGUCUCUUGCCUCACAACAGAGCAGCUUGCAGUUUGGAUCUUCACAGCCUCUGAGCUUUACAGCCAGUUAUGCCCCUGAAACCCAGUCACAGCCCUCAAGCCCAGCAACCUCAUCCUUGAUUUCAGCUAGUCCCACAACAGCUCAGCAAACUAGCUCUGGUUCUCAGUCGGCAACAGGUACUCUCUAUGGUCAGCCCUCUAGCUUGUACUCGUCUUCACAGGGCCAGAAUAUCCAGGUUCCCACCCAGUCUGCAGAUGCCCCAUACAAGCCUGCAUUAGGUGCAUAUACUGCAGGACCUGCUCAGUGGUAUAGGUUUGAUCCUUUUGGACAGACUAGCCAAAUCAACAAGCCUUUUCCCCAAUCCCAGGCUUCAGGGAGUCAGGGUAGCCAGGCAACAUCAAGCAGCUCUACCACUACAUCUCAAACCCAAAGCACCACAGGCUCUGUGGGGUUUGGCUUCCAAAGCCAGAGUGCUCCAGCUCCAACUGUAGGCUUGACCCAGAGUGCUGCCCAGGCUCCAUCCUUCCAAGCUCCCAGUGGGUUCUCCAGUAUGUCCUUCAGUGCUUCCAGCCCCUCAGCCUCUGUGUCACAGCCAUCCCAGGGCAUCCAAAGCUCAGUAACUUGGACAUCCCCAGUUGUGUCUACAUCCUUUGGCCAGGAUAUCCCUGUAGCUAUAACCCAACAGUACUCCUGGGAUGCAUUGCAAGUCACAGGAGCUUCUUCCAGCUUACCAUCUCAAGUUCCAAGCACCUCACAGACCUCUGGCAACUAUGGUUCAGCAUUUCAAAGCAGUACAACCCAGGUAGGGAGCUUUGACCAGUAUAACCCAGCAAGCAGCACCUUCACGUCUGCUCAAGGCACCCCAAUCAGCUUUGGACUUGCGCAAGACUACGGCACCCUGUCUUUCAGUGCAUCUGGCCGACCCCAAACUGCUGUGAGCUCACCUCUCAACCAGGCAACUCCAGAAGCACAAAGUGGUUCCUCAGUUUAUGGGGAUUCUUUGAGCUUUUCUAGCUUUGAGAGGCCUGGCUCAACCAGCUUCAGCUUUGCUCAGGACCUAAACAGCCCUGUCUUUAAACCUGCCACCAGGAGACGCCAGGACACUUCGGUCAAGCACUAAUUGUUUGCCAUGGUUGUGACCCUACCUUGCUGACUUUGAAUGGUUAAUAAAUUCAGCUUUUUUUUCUUA